AUGCAGCAGCCGGGCGGCGCGGACGGGAGCCUCCCGCUGCUGCUGCCGCUGCUGCUGCUGCUGCGAGCGGGGAGCCGCGCCGAGCCCGGGGACGCCACGCAAGGAGUGAAUUCCUCGCUUGUUGCUGAUUUCAUGCCCACGUCCCCAUGGAACAUCUCAAGUGAAUUAGAUAAAGAUUACUUCCUGACGCUGGACGAGCCCAUGAACAACAUCACCACCACGCUGGGGCAGACGGCAGAGCUGCACUGCAAGGUGUCGGGGAACCCCCCUCCCACGGUGCGGUGGCUGAAGAACGACGCGCCCGUGGUGCAGGAGCCGCGCAGGAUCUCCUUCCGAGCCACGCCGUACGGCUCCCGCCUGCGCAUCCGCAACCUGGACACCACCGACACCGGCUACUUCCAGUGCGUGGCCACCAACGGCAGGAGGACCGUGUCCACCACCGGCGUGCUCUUCGUCAAGUUCGGUCCCCCGCCAACAGCGAGCCCAGGAUCCUCGGAUGAGUAUGAGGAGGAUGGGUUUUGCCAGCCCUACAGGGGCAUCGCCUGCGCCCGCUUCAUUGGCAACAGAACCAUCUACAUGGAGUCCCUGCACAUGCAGGGGGAGAUAGAAAAUCAGAUUACAGCUGCCUUCACCAUGAUCGGCACCUCCAGCCACCUGUCGGACAAGUGCUCCCAGUUUGCCAUCCCCUCCCUGUGCCACUACGCCUUCCCCUACUGCGACGAGACCUCCUCUGUGCCCAAGCCGCGGGACCUGUGCCGGGACGAGUGCGAGAUCCUGGAGAACGUGCUGUGCCAGACCGAGUACAUCUUCGCCAGGUCCAACCCCAUGAUCCUGAUGAGGCUCAAGCUGCCCAACUGCGAGGAUCUGCCCCAGCCCGACAGCCCCGAGGCCGUCAACUGCAUCCGCAUCGGCAUCCCCAUGGCCGACCCCAUCAACAAGAAUCACAGGUGCUACAACAGCACGGGCGUGGAUUACCGGGGCACGGUGAGCGUGACGCGCUCGGGGCGGCAGUGCCAGCCCUGGAACUCGCAGUACCCCCACACGCACACCUUCACUGCUGCCCGGUACCCCGAGCUCAACGGGGGCCACUCCUACUGCAGGAACCCUGGCAACCAGAAGGACGCCCCGUGGUGCUUCACCUUGGAUGAGAACCUCAAGUCAGAGCUCUGCGAUGUCCCGGCCUGCGAUUACAAGGAUUCCAAGGAAAAGAACAAAAUGGAAAUCCUGUACAUCCUGGUGCCAAGUGUCACCAUUCCCCUGGCCAUAGCCUUGCUGUUCUUCUUCAUCUGCAUCUGUCGCAACAACCAGAAAUCCUCGUCCCCUCCGGUGCAGAGGCAGCCCAAGCACGGCCGGGGGCAGAACGUGGAGAUGUCCAUGCUCAACGCCUACAAACCAAAGAGCAAAGCCAAGGAGCUGCCCCUCUCCGCCGUGCGCUUCAUGGAGGAGCUGGGCGAGUGCGCCUUUGGGAAGAUCUACAAGGGCCACCUCUACCUGCCGGGCAUGGACCACGCCCAGCUGGUGGCCAUCAAGACCCUCAAGGACUUCAACAACCCUCAGCAGUGGGCGGAAUUCCAGCAGGAGGCGUCGCUGAUGGCCGAGCUGCACCACCCCAACAUCGUGUGCCUGCUGGGCUGCGUGACGCAGGAGCAGCCCGUGUGCCUGCUCUUCGAGUACACCAACCAGGGCGACCUGCACGAGUUCCUGGUGAUGCGCUCGCCCCACUCGGACGUGGGCUGCAGCAGCGACGAGGACGGCACGGUCAAGUCCAGCCUGGACCACGGGGACUUCCUGCACAUCGCCGUGCAGAUCGCCGCCGGCAUGGAGUACCUGGCCGGGCACUUCUUCGUGCACAAGGACCUGGCCGCCCGCAACAUCCUGAUCGGGGAGCAGCUCCACGUGAAGAUCUCCGACCUGGGGCUCUCCAGGGAGAUCUACUCGGCCGAUUACUACAGGGUGCAGAACAAGUCCCUGCUGCCCAUCCGCUGGAUGCCUCCCGAGGCCAUCAUGUACGGCAAGUUCUCCUCCGACUCCGACAUCUGGUCCUUCGGGGUGGUUUUGUGGGAAAUAUUCAGCUUCGGCCUCCAGCCCUACUACGGGUUCAGCAACCAGGAGGUGAUCGAGAUGAUCCGGAAGCGGCAGCUGCUGCCGUGCUCCGAGGACUGUCCCCCCAGGAUGUACAGCCUGAUGACGGAGUGCUGGCACGACCUGCCCUCGCGCAGGCCGCGCUUCAAGGAGAUCCACGCGCGCCUGCGCUCCUGGGAGGGCCUCUCCAGCCACACCAGCUCCACCACCCCCUCGGGCGGCAACGCCACCACCCAGACCACCUCGCUGAGCGCCAGCCCCGUCAGCAACCUCAGCAACCCGCGGUACCCCAACUACAUGUUCCCGGCGCAGGGCAUCCCGCAGGGGCAGCUGGCGGGGUUCAUGGGGCCGCCGCUGGCGCAGAACCAGCGCUACAUCCCCAUCAACGGCUUCCCCAUCCCGCCGGGCUACGCCGCCUUCCCCGCGCCCCACUUCGCCCCGCCGGCCGCGCCCAGGGUGAUCCAGCACUGCCCCCCGCCCAAGAGCCGCUCGCCCAGCAGCGCCAGCGGCUCCACCAGCACGGGCCACGUCACCAGCCUGCCCUCGUCGGGCUCCAACCAGGAGGCCAACAUCCCCCUGCUGUCCCACAUGGCCAUCCCCAGCCACCCCGCGGGCAUGGGCAUGGCCGUGUUUGGCAGCAAGACUCAGAAACCCUACAAAAUGGACUCCAAGCAGUCCUCCCUGCUGGGGGACUCCAGCGUGCACGGACCCAACGAGUCGGUGAUCUCGGCCGAGUUGUAA